CACACGCCGCCGACUACCGACACAUGGGAUAUACCACACUUCGCUCAUCUUGAUACUAGAACCUUAACAUGAGAGUGAUAUUUUUCGUUGGGUUAGUUGCCCUAGCGGCGUCCGCUCCACAACAAAAGCCGUCUGAUCAAGUGAUAGCCAUUAUCAAACAAGAUUUCGAUCAGCAGGUGGAUGGAUCUUACAGAUACAGUUAUGAGACGGAAAACGGCAUAAAGGCUGAGGAGACAGGUACGCUCAAGAAGGCGAGUGGUCCAGACGCAGGUGAUGUCAUCGUCGCGCAAGGAGGCUUCAGCUACACUGCGCCAGAUGGCACCGUCAUCAACCUGAACUACAUCGCCGAUGAUGAGGGCGGGUUCAAACCUGAGGGAGCACACUUGCCCACACCACCACCAAUACCACCAGCGAUUCAGAAGGCUCUCGACUACCUGGCUACCCUACCACCUUCUCCACCAGGAAGAAAUUGAUCUUUUCCUGUGAAAAACUCACCAUCUUCUCCGUGGUACCUGCGACUUUGAUGCUCAUCGCUACAAAAUUUGCAAUGGUUACAAAAAUCUCGAUUAUUUCUGUAACAGAUUGUAUUUCUGAAGCGAUAAAUAUUUUAUACGACGCAUUAAAAAUCAAAUAAAAAUGAACGUGUACAAUGACUGAACUGUGAUAGACAAUGAUGAUUGAACGAACGGACAUGUUUGUACUAUUUAUUUUCUUAUUAAAUAAAGCAUACAGUGCCAAAGAAGCAUUGCAAAAUUAAA